AUGUCGCUCAGUCAAACUAUCGUGACGCCCACCGUCACCUAUGAUCAGCCUCUUGGUUUGUACAUUGAUGGAAAAUGGGUGAAAGCUGUCAGUGGCAAGACGUUUGAGACCGUUAAUCCCACCAACGAAAAACCAAUAGUUGCGGUUCACGAAGCGGGCCCAGAAGAUGUGGACAUUGCAGUAAAAGCCGCCAGGAAAGCCUUCGAAGGCGUCUGGUCACAGACGACGCCCUCUGCGCGGGGAUCCAUGCUGGCCAAGCUGGCAGACCUUUUAGAAGAGCAUAUCGAGAUACUCGCUGCCAUAGAGUCGCUCGAUAAUGGGAAAGCUCUCACUAUGGCAAAGGGAGAUGUCGGGAUGGCCGCCGGCUGUUUGAGAUACUAUGGCGGCUGGGCCGACAAGAUACACGGCAAAACCAUUGACACGGAUCCGGAUAACCUGAACUACACGAGACACGAGGCAGUCGGCGUGUGCGGCCAGAUAAUACCCUGGAACUUCCCCCUCGUCUCGUGGUCCUGGAAGAUUGGACCGGCCCUUGCCUGUGGCAAUACCGUCGUGCUGAAAACGGCGGAGCAGACGCCUUUGUCUGCUUUAUAUGCCGCGAAUCUUGUGGAAAAGGCCGGCUUCCCUCCUGGAGUUGUUAAUAUUAUCUCUGGAUUUGGAAGCGUCGCCGGGGCCGCCAUUGCUUCCCACAUGGACAUUGACAAGAUUGCAUUUACUGGAUCGACCACGGUCGGCCGCGGUAUCUUGCAGGCUGCUUCCAAGUCGAACUUAAAGAAGAUCACGCUAGAGCUCGGCGGCAAGUCCCCUAAUAUCGUCUUUAAUGACGCCAACAUCCAGGACGCCAUUUCUUGGGUCAACUUUGGCAUCUUCUUCAACCAUGGCCAAGUCUGCUGCGCCGGGUCCAGGGUAUACGUUCAGUCAGGGAUCUACGACAAGUUCGUCGAUGACUUCAAGGCCCGAACAGCCAAGAAUAUCGUUGGCAAUCCAUUUGACGCAGAAACCUUCCAAGGGCCCCAAGUCAGCAAGCAACAAUUCGACCGCAUCAUGAACCACAUUCAAUCUGGAAAGGACGAUGGAGCCAAGGUCGAGGCCGGUGGAGGACGCCACGGCGGCGAAGGAUAUUUUAUCCAACCCACAGUCUUCUCCAACGUGUCCCCAGACAUGAAGAUCAUGCAAGAGGAAAUCUUCGGGCCCGUCGUUGUCCUUUGCAAGUUUGAGACGGAAGAAGAAGCCGUCAGGGCAGCAAACGACAGCAGGUACGGCCUUGCUGCCGGCGUGCACACGACAAACAUCAACACGGCGAUCCGGGUAUCCAACGCGCUGAAGGCUGGGACUGUUUGGGUCAACAACUACAACAUGAUUACCCAGAGCAUCCCGUUUGGUGGAAUGAAGGAGUCCGGCUUUGGCCGGGAACUCGGCAAAUAUGCGCUUAGCAGCUACACGCAGGUGAAGUCAGUGAGGAUCCGACUGGCCGGACAGAUAUACGAAUAG